CAGCCACUCUAGGCCCACCUCUGCCUCCAACCACCUUAACUCUACCAGCAGGAGGAAUGGCAGUAGCUGUGGCCUGGCUUGUGGUUCUCCAGCUUGCUUUCGGUCCAGCUCUGGUUGUGGACAUCAAGAUGCAGAUUGCCAUCAAGGACUUCCACAUGUUACACGUCGAUUAUCCCAGGGUGCACUACCCAAAGGGCUUCCAGGGCUACUGUAAUGGUCUCAUGGCCUAUGUACGGGGCAGAAAGCAGAAGAGCUGGUAUUGCCCGCAAAUCCAUUAUAUGGUGCAUGCCCCCUGGAGAGAAGUCCAGAAGUUCUGCAAGUACAGUGAGAGUUUCUGUGAGAAUUACAACGAAUACUGUACAUUCACAGAGGACUCCUUCCCCAUCACGAUCUGUUCUCUGGCCCCUAAUCAGCCGCCCACCAGCUGCCACUACAACAGCACCCUAACCAACCAAAGGCUCUACCUGCUCUGUUCCGGAAAGCGUGAUGCGGAACCGAUAGAUAUCAUUGGUGUCUACUAGGAAAGGGAGGCUUUCGAUUUGAACCACCCCCUACUGCCACCAUACACCAGCCUGUUCCCAUUCCCAAACCUCUGAUUUCUGAUACAAGGCUUCCUCCCUGACUUCAAAGGCAGGCAGGGCCCCCUCCCAAGAGACCAGGGAAGUAGGACCAAUGUCCAGAGCUUCAGUCAUCAUGCAAAUUCAUACUGCCUUGUAGACCCUUUCCAACUUGUUUACCUCCUCUUUUCCCCCGUCAUCUUCCUUCUCCCACAGACAGCCUUACCCACCCAAGAAGCUGACUGUGUCCAGUUGGCAGUGAUGGUCCUUCCACUGGGCCAGAUCCUGAAUCCUGGAUGGAGGCCCAGAGCCUCAGCUCACACCAUGACAACAGGCACCCAGCUCCAUGUCUCAACUCCCCAUCCCCACUACCCUUCUCUCCUCAGCUGUCCCCAUCUCCCUUAUGAUUCUCUCCACUCACUCACCUACAUGGUAGGUACCUCUAGCUAGAGGUCCUCCCCAAGACCCUUAGAGUCUUUCUAGCCUCACUUCUCCAGAAUGCCCCUCAGUCCCCAGUCUGUUCUUCUCUACGAAAUCAUUGCUCUUCUCUCCAUGUAACCUGUUCUUUCUUCUCUCCUUCUACCACAGAGCCCAGGGUAGUUUCUCCCCUACACUCCCCUCCUUUAGUCUCCCUGUAUUCCUCUCUCUGACUUCUUUUCCUUCCAUUCUUCUCACUGUGGCUCACUGGAGUUUCAAAUGAUCUUCUCUGACCUGUUACCCCCAAGAUGACUGCAUCCCUUUCCUUCCCAAAGGUCUUCCUGACAACCCGCCCCCCCUCCAGUUACAGGAUCUGCCACUGACAAGACAGGUGUGAGGUGAGCCUCGCUGUGGUCACAGAAGGUUUUAAAACCACACCUUGAGUUAUAGAAGAUAUAACCACUGGAUGAAACUGGGUGAAGGAUAUG